AUGUUUCGACAACGACAUCAUAGACAAUCGGCCAAAGUGACACAAUUGAGAGAGCAAGAGGAAGAGAGAGAGCGGUUGAGAAGGUCUAUGAGCAAGGUGAGGGAGUGGUGUUAUGAAAGUCAUUUUUUAAAUUUACAACUUUUUUAAAUAGAAUUUUAAAAUUUUAAAAUUUUUUUAAAUUUCAAUUUUUUAAUUUAAGAUUUUUUUUAAUUUGGGAUGACAAAACAGUAUAUCUAAACCAUUAAGACCAAAAAUUAAACAUUUUUGCUUGGGGUUCAAAAAGAAAUGGCAUUUUUAAAGUUUAAGGCUUUUAAAAAAGUCUUGUCGCUAAUUUCUUAAGUUUUACAUGUAAAAAAACGACAAGAUUUUUUUUUUCAUUUUUUGAAUGUUUAAUAAAGUUAUUUUAUGUUUUAGAAUAAAAAAUAAUUUUAAAAAUUUUAAAAUUUUAGCAAAUUAAGAAAGAAUUUGCGGAAAAAGGAGUCGGAUCAGACUUGGACGUGCUUGACCUACAAGAACAUUUGCACAAUUAUAAAGAAGUGCUCUAUUUACCAAUUAAAUUCUCUGAAGAGGAAAUGAUGGCUAAAUCACAGGCAUUCUAUGAAUACAUGAAGCUACGACGAAGUGUACGGUGUUUCAGUGACAAAGACAUUUCAUUGAAAUUGGUACAGAAUUUGGUCAAGACUGCUGGUGAGUUAUACAAAUAGAGUAAACUAGAGCGGGUUUGGAACGGUAGGGCAAAGCAAGGGCAGAGUAAAUUUAAGGUAAUAAAAAAGUAAGGUAAUAGCAAGGUAAUGCGUUUUGAAGUGGAGUAAGACAAAUGAGUUCCUAAGGUUGUAGUACGGUGAGUAAGAAAGGGUAAGCCAAGGGUAAUUUAAGACAAGGGUAGGGUAAACCAAGGAUAAAGUAAGAAAAAAGUGUAGCAAAGCAAUGGUACGGCAAUGCAAAGUAAGGUGAGGCACGACAAGAGUACUGUAAGAACAUGGUACGGUAAUGCAGAGUAAAUUAGGGUAGGGUAGAGUAGGUUAGGGUAGGGUAGGGUAGGGUAAGGUAAGGUAGGGUAGGGUAGGGUAGGGUAGGGUAGGGUAGGGUAGGGUAGGGUAGGGUAGGGUAGGGUAGGGUAGGGUAGGGUAGGGUAGGGUAAGGUAGGGUAGGGUAGGGUAGAGUAGAGUAGGGUAGAGUAGGGUAGGGUAGGGUAGGGUAGGGUAGGGUAGGGUAGGGUAGGGUAGGGUAGUGUAGGGUAGGGUAGGGUAGGGUAGGGUAGAGUAGGGUAGGGUAGGGUAGGGUAGGGUAGGGUAGGGUAGGGUAGGGUAGGGUAGGGUAGGGUAGGGUAGGGUAGGGUAGGGUAGGGUAGGGUAGGGUAGGGUAGGGUAGGGUAGGGUAGGGUAGGGUACAAAAUUCAGUUCUACCCUAAGUACGAUACCGAGUACUUACACCACACAAAAUUUAGGUACUGCUCCGAGUGGUGCGAACCUCCAACCAUGGACGUUCUGUGUGAUUCACAGUAGGAAGAUCAAACGUUCGUUACGGGCGAUGAUUGAGGAAGAAGAACAACGUAAUUAUACAAGGAGAAUUGGAGCCAAGUGGGUAUUGGAUGUGGAGCAUUUGAGUGUACAUUGGAAUAAGCCCUACAUUACUGAAGCGCCUUAUGUCAUUGUUGUUAUGAAACAUGUAAGGUUUCUUUGGAAGUUUAAAUUUGGAGGUUUUCAAUUUUUUUUUGAAAUUAAAAAUUAAAUUUUUUAAAAUUUUAAAUUAAAAAAAAUUAUUUUAGAUCUAUCAAAUAAAACCUAAUGGAGAACGACAAAUUACAUAUUAUAAUGAAAUGAGCUGUAGCAUAGCUGUGGGUAUACUAUUGUCGGCUAUUCAGGUAACAUAAUUUCAUUGCUACCCUACCCUACAAUUUUGUACCUUACCCUGCCCGGCCCUGCAAUUUUUUACCUUAUUUUAACCUAACCACACUAUAUCGUCCUACCUUACCCCUACCUUGCUCUAAAAACAAUUUUAUAGAACGUCGGCCUAGUAACUGUAACCACAGCCCCAUUGAACGCUGGUGGCCACAUCAGGGAACUUUUACGUCGUCCUGAGAAUGAAAAAGCCAUGUUAGUACUGCCUAUUGGAUACCCGGCUGAAGACGCUCAUGUGCCUGAUUUGAGAAGGAAAAAACUUGAGGACAUUAUUAGGAUGUAUUAG